AUUACAUUUUUCGUACAUUCAGUUAACAACGAACAUUCAAUACGAAAACAUCAUUUCAUUAAUAUAGAACAACAAUAUCUUAACGAAAAUUACUUUUAUACCAUUAUACAUUUAAAGUAUAUACGUAUACACUAAAGUAAAGAAAAAUGGAAAAUAAAUCAGGUUAUCCACCACAACCAGGAUAUCAACCGGGUUAUCAACCAGGAUAUCCACCAGGACAAAAUGUUGGUUUUCAACAACCACCAAAUUAUAAUCAAACAAUGGGAGGUCAACCACCAGCUACUGUAAUUAUUACGCAACCAGGUCCUGCACUUGGUCCAUCACCAUCACAAAUAACAUGUCCUUCGUGUCAUGCUACAAUUUUAACUAAUGUUAAAUAUGAGCCUAAUACAAAAACUCAUAUUAUGGCAUUAAUUUUAUGUUGUUUUAUUUGUUGGCCAUGCGUAUGUUUACCAUAUUGUAUGGAUUCGUGCCAGAGUGCUAAUCAUUAUUGUCCAAAUUGUAACGCAUAUCUUGGAGCAUAUGACAAAGAUGGUUGUUAAAACAAUUAACUUUGUUGAAACAUAUAAAAGAAAACUAUUAUAAAUAAUUAAUGUUGAGCUUUGGAAAAAAUUUGGAAUUUUAUAGCUAUUAAAAAUUAAAUGAAAUUUUUAGUAAUAGACAUAACAAUUACCUAGGCUAAAACUGUUUAAAUGCUACUUAAGCUAUUUAAAAAAAAAAAUUCUAACUGUGUAAAAUUUAAUUUGUCAAAAACACAUUUUUUUUAUUUUUUUUUUUUAAUGUUAUAUUAUUGUAAAUACAAAUUUUUCAUAUAUUUUUAGGUAAAUAUGUAAUUAAAAUAUGAAACAAGUGUAACUAUAUUAAUGUUAUACUUAUACACAUUGAAUGUAAUUGAAUUG